AUGAGCGGUAGAUCAAAGAUUAGGAUUAUCCAUGAAGAAAUUGAAGGCGACAUUCGUAAUGCAAUAUAUAACGAUGGUCAUGGAUACAUGAGUCUCAAAACAUCAGAUAAGCAAAAAACAGUUCGAUAUUUUGUAUCAAAAGAAGAGCUUGCUCAGUGUUAUAAUAAAUAUAGGUGCAUUGUAAUUCAUCUUUAA